AUGGGGGCCGAUUACUACAAGGUCCUCGGCGUCGACCGCGGCGCCGGCGACGACGACCUCAAGAAGGCCUAUCGGAAGCUCGCCAUGCGAUGGCACCCCGACAAGAACUCCACCAACAAGAAAGAGGCGGAAACCAAGUUCAAGGAGAUCUCUGUGGCAUACGAGGUUGCCCGCCCCUCCCUCUCACUCUGCAUCUGUUGCCAGGAUUAA